CCCGCAAGAGCAGGGCCAGGUGCCUGCCCAGUGCUGGUGCUGGGCGAGGGGCUGCUGCAGGGAGCUCGUGGCUGGGACUCGGCAGAGUUUGAGAGCACCAUGCUUGGUUCUGACUUGCCCUGGCUUGGUUCUGCCCUGGGCUGUGGAGAAGCCAGGGCUGCGUGGACAGGGCUGCUGCGUGGCCACAGAGGUGGGGGCCUCCUCAGGUCCCUGCAGGCUCAGAGGCGGGAGGCCUGGAAGAGAGGUUUGGGGCAUCUGGCCCUCAUGUGUCCUGCCCAACCACUCGCCCCAGGCCUAGGAGGUCCCCAGUGACCACCUGGCUCUGCCGCACCUCUGUGUGCCGUAGCCUCGUCCCCAGGAGUUUCAGGGAGUCUUUCUGUCCUCUGGUUCCGGCGGGCAGCCCAGCCAUCCUUGUGGGGCUGACUCGAGCGGUCCUGUGUCCUGAGGCUUCCCCCUGGGGGAGCCAAGCCCGCCCCCUGGCCCUGGCUGCAGCAGCAGCCUUGGAGCUUGUUCUCAGAGACCGGUGCCCUGCCAGGCCUCACCUGAGAUGCAGGGCCACUCCAGUGGCCUGCCCGGAAGUCACUCCCUGGCCUACCGUCUCUCCGUCUGGGGUGUGCUGCUGCUGAGGGAGCCCCUGCUUCCUGGACUCUACCCGGCCCCUGCCUGCUCCAGGUCCACGGCCUGGCCAGUCCUCCUGACCCCACCCCAGCACCCCUCCCUGAGGCGGCAGGAGCAUCCCCUCCCUCCUGCAAGAUGCAUCCUGCCUGCCCUGGCCCCCUGCUGUUUCGAGGCAGCCCCAAACCUGCCCUGUGUCUCAUCCUGACUGACUGAGGUGGGGUCCAGCCCGGGGGAGGCUCCAGGGCUUGGCAGCACUGGCCUUCCUUUGGGGGCAUUUGACACCUCGCCCGGGGCUGGGUGGGGCUGCCUGCCCAGGACCAAAGCAGCUGUUCCUGUCUGGGGGGGUGGGGUGGAGGCGCCCCUCACCCACGCUGGGCUUCUCUCCAGGCCUGGACCAUGGCGGGCUGGUGGGUCAAGCCCACAAGGUCACUGGAAGCCUGGGGAGGCCCUUCCUAGGGAAUCUCCCGGUGCGGCAGAGGCUCCCCACUCCCCCAUUUUAAGGAGGAGCAGACCCUCCUGGAGAAAGGGUUGGGCUAUGGGCUGCUGGGGCACAGCUUCCUGGAAGAAUCCCCAGACACAGGCAAGGACCCUGGGGAGCUCCAGGGCCUGGCAUGAGGGGGCCCUGGGAAGGGUCUGGCAGGGCAGGGGCCUUCCUGGAGCAUCCACCAGAAGUCGGGACAGGAGGGGCUCUGGGCAUGUCUGGCUGUGGGGCCGUCUGCAGAAGCGGGUGGAGGCGGCGUCUUUGGAUCUCAAGACAAAGCCUGCGUGUGGGAGUCCGGGCUCGGUGGCUGACUUGCUUGUUGCCCCAGGGCCCCUCAGCAGGACAGGACAGAGGAAACUGCCUGGUUCUACAGUCAACAGGGAGCUGGUGCGGAAGGUAGACGGGAAGGCUGGGCUGGUGGUGCACAGCAGCAUGGAGCAGGACGUGGGCCUGCUGCGCCUCUACCCUGGGAUCCCUGCCGCCCUGGUUCGGGCCUUCUUGCAGCCUCCCCUGAAGGGCGUGGUCAUGGAGACCUUUGGUUCGGGGAACGGACCCACCAAGCCCGACCUGCUGCAGGAGCUGCGGGUGGCCGCCGAGCGCGGCCUGGUCAUCGUCAACUGUACCCACUGCCUCCAGGGGGCUGUGACCACAGACUAUGCAGCUGGCAUGGCCAUGGCGGGAGCCGGCGUCAUCUCAGGCUUCGACAUGACAUCGGAGGCCGCCCUGGCCAAGCUAUCGUAUGUGCUGGGCCAGCCAGGGCUGAGCCUGGAUGACAGGAAGGAGCUGCUGACCAAGGACCUUCGGGGGGAGAUGACGCCACCCUCGGUGGAAGAGUGCCGGCCCUCACUGCAGGGCAACACGCUGGGCCGUGGGGUCUCCUGGCUCCUCAGUCUGAGUGGCAGCCAGGAGGCAGAUGCCCUGCGGAAUGCCCUGGUGCCCAGCCUGGCCUGUGUUGCCGCCCAUGCCGGUGACCUGGAGGCGCUGCAGGCGCUUGUGGAGCUGGGCAGUGACCUGGGCCUGGUGGACUUACAUGGCCAAACCCCACUGCACGCGGCCGCCCGGGGAGGCCACACAGAGGCAGUCACCAUGCUGCUGCAGAGAGGUGUGGACGUGAACACCCGGGACACGGAUGGCUUCAGCCCGCUGCUGCUGGCCGUGCGGGGCAGGCAUCCGGGUGUCAUUGGGUUGCUGCGGGAAGCCGGGGCCUCCCUGUCCACCCAGGAGCUGGAGGAAGCAGGGACGGAGCUGUGCAGGCUGGCAUACAGGGCCGACCUCGAAGGCCUGCAGGUGUGGUGGCAGGCAGGGGCUGACCUGGGGCAGCCGGGCUAUGACGGGCACAGCGCCCUGCACGUCGCAGAGGCAGCCGGGAACCUGGCAGUGGUGGCCUUUCUACAGAGCCUGGAGGGUGCGGUUGGUGCCCAGGCCCCAUGCCCAUUCCCUUGGAUGCUGGACACGGGAGCCACCUGGGUGAGGAGAUCCCAUCCAAGUGGCUGUGCAUCAGGAAGAGUCCGCCCAGGAGUGGGCUAGACCAGAGCUUAGAAUUAAGGAGAGGUGGCCAGGCUUGGUGGCUCACAGCUGCAAUCCCAGCACUUUGGGAGGCCGAAGCGGGUGGAUAGCUUGAGCCUAGGAGUUUGAGAACAGCCAACAUGGCGAAACUCUGUCUCUUAAAAAAUAAAUAAAAACAUUA